UCAACAGCUGAGGUCAUUCUGAAGUUCUACAAGGAUCAGAAUGCAUUGUUAAACAACAAGGAGCUGGGUCGUGAGCAGGUUUGCGUCUCGGCUACCAACUAUUGUGGUCUGGAGUAUUGUUACAGAUACCCAAAGAACAUUCAUGUUUUAACUAUUGUCCUGUCUCAAGCCGUCAUCUUGCUAUCGUUUGAAACCCACGAGAGGUUGUUGGAUUGGUACCACAAGAUUAAGAAUACAUUACCUUCUGCUGUUGAAUUUAGAAUCAGGGUAUCCAUUCCCACCAAGGGCAAGUUGCCCUCUGGCCGAGCAACUUUCUACUUCUACAAUAACCACUUUGCCAUCACACCAGAAACCCCUACCAGACUCGUCUGUGCCUGGAAUCUCAGACAUGUCAUUCGCUAUGGUAGCUUUGAAGGGGGAUUCGCUUUCUCAGUUAAAGUCCUGCAUUCUGCAAAGAGCAGCAACUAUCUUCUUCUCCUUGACAACCCUGAGAGCAUCAAGAAUCAUUUCGAUGCUGCCACGCUUAAACACUUGCCAAGCCGAUGGUCUACUCAUUCUGAAACUAAUCCAGCAAUUCGUGAUGAAGAGCAAGGCACAUUGGCAGCUGAAAGGCAAAGGUUACUCAAUGAAAACACCAAAGACCUUGGACAGGAUCAAAGUGGAGGUCAUGAAAGAACACUUGAACGAAUUUUGGAAAGAACGGUGGAAAGUAAUGAAAAUGAAGAACCACAAGAAGGAGAUGCACUUAUGGCCGGUGCAGACCUGAAUAGGAAUACGCAAUUACAUUCAGAUUCGGGGGUAUCCAGUUCCCAUGUAGCUUUAGGUAACGAUGUGAUUGAAUUGACAGAUUUGGGAAUAAGAGAGAGCCAGUCAUGGACCAGUGUGGCUAGGACAGAAGGAAGCUCUCGUAGUAGAACAGAGGACAACUCUAGAAGUAAUCUGAUGAUAGAGGAAGCUGGUUUUGAGCAGGAGAUGUUGCUUUGUCCGCAGAAGAACACUCCCAUCAGGGAGCAGGAAUAUGAGGUUAUGGCUUCCUUUGAUCAUUAUCGAUCAUCGAUUCAUGAAGAUGUGGACAGUGGGAGUCCCUGUCUACAUCAAAGACACCUUGAAAGCAGCCAAGAGACUCAUGCCCCGUGUCAUAGUAGUAGUCACCGUGGUGCAGGAGGAGGAGGGGGUAUGUCUGGAAGCCAAAGUCGAAUCCAGUAUUUGAUAAACAUGGACAGAUUCAAACUGAACCUUGCAGCGACCCCUGAUGUAAGAGAGUAUGUCAACUUGCCAAGUCCCAACACAACAAAGCUCUCCAACACACUUCCCUCUAACAGACCAAAAAGGAGCAAGCCAGUGCUCCCGACCUUGCCAAAUUCCGAUAUCCUGGAUAGCUUUAAUUUCUCGCCGCCUUCUUCUCCUCCACCAGCUCCUCCAAUCCAGAAACGAUAUAACUCCAGUUUCUCCUCGCUAAAGGAGACUAGUAUCCACGUAGGAUUGUAUCCAAGUUUAGACUCUGCCAGGGAAUCCUUUAAAUCGCUUCAAGAAGAUGAGGACAUUCCAGUUCCUAUUCCCUUUGACCAUGCCACUCUUGUGAAACCUCUAGGUCCAAUAGCGAGAUUAAAAAGGAACUCCCAGGAUAGCGAGACCUCAUCUUAUAUUGCCAGUGGAUCAGAAUAUGACAGUUCUCAUUAUUCUAGUGCAGCAAGCUCAAGACACAAUAGCUUUGAUCGUGAUCCCUUCCUGUCAAAGCCGCCUCCCGUUCCACCCAAGUCCGCGAACUUGCGUCUGCCUUCCAUUGAGAUGCUACUGUCUUCUGGAAACUUUAAUGAUGAGAAUCUAAGUAUUCCUGGACUAUCAAGUAUGCCGUCAUCUCAACAGGACAAUGUGCCUCCUAUUCCACCCAAACCAGAUCAUUUGCGUGGUAAACCACUCCUUAAAGGUCCACAAUCACCUAUAAGCCCCACUGGCCGACCUCCUUUCCUUCCUCCGAGAAAGAGGUGCAAUACUGUUCCUUCUUUUGCAACAGAGGAAGGGGACACGGAAUGGGUGGAAUUACCCGAUGAGCAAGAUGAUGGAUACCUCAUCAUGAAACCUGUUUAUGAUAACAAACUCAAAUCUAUGCACACAAGGAGUAAGAGUGUUCCCGAUGAGGAAACGGCUCACUCCCAAACCUUGCCACUCAUGCCAAGAUCUUGGCAGACACCCUCCUCACCAAGGCUACAGUCCCCAGGAACACCAACCUUCUCCGAACCCUGCAGUCCCGUCAUGGAAUUCAUCCCCCAAAGUCCUAUCCACAAUCCUGAAGACAUGAGAAUCCAGACGUUGAGGAGGUCAGCCACCAUUGGCGGGUUUGGCCGUCGGGCUUCAAGGUCUCCAAGUUUCGCAGGACGGCGGCCGAGCCUCCUGAGGAAUUCCCGACAGAGGAGGUCUUUGAGAUCUGAUCCAGGCAACAGCCACAGAACAUCAGACAUCUCCUUGAACAGUGCACCGCCCAGGAGAAGAAGGAAGGAUAAGUACGGGUCUCUGGAUCAUCGGUCUAUGAGUCUGGGCAACACCAAGCUUGAAGACUUCAAAGAUGAAAGCCAAGAAAUUCCAUCGUCUCCUACAAACGGUGCGAUGAGCUUCCAUCCUGAUGACUUUCAGGAACUCAAAGAUGAGCUGGACAAGUUUGCUGGUCCUCUGUCUCUGUCGCCUCCUAGUUCUGUGAACAGUCCCUCAGGGACACCUCCUCUAACACCUGCAUCCAGUGAGGAAAGUAUUCAUGAACCAGACCAAAUACACAGUCUUCCUUGAGGAUAUCCCCUAAAAACGUUGUCGUGGGAGUCGUCUGAUAUGCUCGGAAAAUCUCUGAAAGAUUAUACAUGUGUUGUUGGGAAACAUCUGGAUUAAUCUUGUGUUAUCAGGAAACACUACCAAAGGAUUAAUCUGGUAUCAGUAGGAAACAUUCCUAUUUAGGAAUGAUCUGGUAUCUUCUUAAAACAUCUCUUGAGGAAUGAUCUGGUAUCUUCUGAAAACAUCUCUGAAAUAAUGGUCCAGUAUCUUCUGAAAGUAUCUCUGAAGAAAUGAUGCGGUAUCAUCAGAAAAAUCUUAAGGAUUGAUCCGGUGUCAUUAGGAAUCACCUCUGAGGACUGAUCUGGUGUCUUCUGGAAACAUCUCCGAAGGAAUCAGUUGGUAGUCAAAACAUUUCAUCAGGACAUCUUCUUAAACCGUCUAUGAAAAAUCAACCUAGUAUCAUCAGAAAACAUCUCUAAAGGAUUAUUCCAUUUUUAUGGUUCAAUUUUACCAUAAGUAAGACUGAGCCCUGCUAUAUGCCAUGAUUUUGAGAAAUUAUUCCAAGUUGUGCCUCUAGAUCUGUGCUCUUCAUCUCCGCUGCAAUCUCUGCUCCAGCAUGACAUUGGUACAAAGAUUGCCAUAUUUAUACUCGGAUCAUUCACAGGAUUUUAAUCAACAUGUCCACUGACAGCUGUAUAGGAAAGAAAUUUGUGUAAGUCAUUCAUAUAUAGAUUUCUUAAAUCAACUUUGUUCUAUUUCUCUCAGUUUACCAAGUUUUAUUCAACGGUGAUCAACAAAGUUCCUUUUCACUCCCAGAAUCACCCUUGCAUAUUUCAUAAAAAUGUGAUUGUAAGUUACUACCGGAAGUGCGUUUAAAGACCUUUCUUAAAGCAUCAUAAGCUGUUGACACUGAGGUAUGCAGCUAUCUUAAAGUUAUACAUAGCCAUUUGUGCCAAGAAGACGUUAUCAGACAACUUAUGAUGUUGGUACUGUCUUCAGCUCCAUAUUGCAGAUAUUUCAUCAGUGAGUUUGUGUACUUUUGAUUUCAAGGUUUUCAACACUAACUGGGAUUUUAACCCUUAUUUUCUAUUUUAUGAAAACUUCCUUUCCUCUUUUCCUUUCCAUCGGCUGUCGUCAUUCCUUCCUCCAUUCUUUUUUAUUAUUUCUGUCAUUCAGCUCUCUUUUUCAGCCUCCUGUUGCACCAGAGCAUUCAAUAUUUCAUGAAUGGGGUAUCCAUGUCAGAUUUGUGUUUUGAAAAUGUCUUUCUUCUUUUCCCUUUCUACUUUCCUUUCCUUCCUCUAUGAAUUAUUCAUCAAGUUUUGUUGAUGGUCACAAGAUAACUAGAGUAUCUAUGAUCACUGUAGAAAUAUUCUGUUCUGAAAGAGCACCUACGGUAUGCCUUCCUGUCUCACUGCCAUUGUUUUAUAUUGUUUGUACUGGAGACCGUGUCUUCUCACAUGCGUUUAAACGCAAGCCAAAAAAUCAAUCGCAAGUCCCAAAUGCGCGCUGUGGAUUGGUUGAAAAUCAAGUUGCGCAUGAUUUUUAGAGUUGCGAUUGAUUGCAACUCUUUCUGCAACAGGCCCCUGAAAUCAUAAGAACUGUCAUAACUUGGUAUUUCAAAUAUGUAUGUAGACAUUGGUCUUCACAUAUAUUCUUCCAUUUUUUUUUAGUGAUGUUAGAUAUGAAUAAUUAUGAGCACUAUCUCUGAUUCAAUAUGUUAUUUGAUGAUAUUAUACAGCCAUUAUUUAUUAGAGGUGUCUGAGAACCAGUUUUAGAUGAUUGUAGUAUGUUGAUGUUGCAGUCAUACCUGUAGGGCAACACCAAUAACAAGAUUUUCACAAAGCAAUUAAAAUUUCUGGUUGCUUACAAUUUCUAUGGAUUGAGAAUUACAAAAUCUAAUUCAAUCGAAAAUUUUGUUUGGAGCAAACAUCAGCAGUCAAUGCUUCUUAUGUAAAUCUACUGAACAAUUUUUGAGUGGCCUGUAAAGAUUAUUAAAUCUGAAUACUAUGCUAUACAAACAAGGAUUAAGGUGAUAUGUUUGUUACAUUCUCUUCGUAAUGUACUGUCCAUUGAUAGCAAAAUAUCCUAGCUCUAGAAAAGUAGAGUAUUUAUGUUUGCUAACGUAGCUGCCCACAACACAUGAAAUGUCGCCCUCUACCUGCCAUGUGAAGAAAUGUGUAUACAUGCUUUCAGUAUUCCUGACAUUGUGUUCAAUUUUGAAAGAUCAUUUUACCUUAAAUCAUCAUAUCAGACCCUGUUCAUCCAUGAGAAUUUGUAUAUAGGUGGCUACCAGCUUGCCAGAACUUUGUAUUCAGUCGUUUUUAAUUACAUUAAUAGCAUAAGAGUUCAACAUAGGACAUGUGUUUUAUGUAAAUCCAUUUUCAUGAUGAUUGAUUACAUUUUGAUUGGACAUAUUAAAGCAUUCUGUACAUUAUUUGAAAUGUAAAGAGGUAAUCAAAUUUCAUAAGGUCAAAGUUCAUUUGUUUUGCUCCUCAAACUGGCAACAGUUUUUAAUUUUCUAUUCAUUUUCAUACUUUGCAAACCAAUAUGUAUGAUUAUGGCAAAUGUUCAACAAGAAGUUGCCAAUUUGCUUGUUUAAUGGUUAUUUUGUUAUCAAUCCCACUGCCAAUUUAGAAUGUGAACUAAUGGGAAUCGAAUACCUUUCAACAGUUUUUAAGACUCAAAAGGUGAAACUUUACAAUACAGCAGUUCUUAAAAAGGUGAAAAACAUGGUAAGAUUUGAAUAUUUAUGCAGUCAAAUUUGUGAAGUUGAUGUUUUAGGACUUAAGGUGGAUUUUUUUGAAACUUCAUGUAUAUCAUGUGAUACUACUGAAGAUGAUUUCACAUAUAAGAAAAGAAAAAGAGUGAUAGCAUCACUUGUAAACCAUUAAGGUAUUAUUUCUUCUUCUAAACCUGUAUUGAGAACUUUGUCUUGAUAAGUUGGUGUAUAGAACAAGAAAACUUUUAUGGCAAGCUAAAUGUAUCUGAGAUAUAUAACGAUUGAACUAUUUAUUUUUCAAAUUUACAUGAUUGCUUACCAAACAGUGCAUGCACACCAACAAUUUUUUGAAAAACUUUUUUAUGUAUAAAAUCAGAAAUGUUAUAAUUUACUGAGACAUUAUUUUUAUACAUGAUUAUAGUGUGGUUUUGUAAGUUGUCACAAUUGCCAAUUGUCAUUAGAAAAUUAUAUUUUUCUAUCAAAGAAACCUUAAAAACUGGAGGAAAGUAGAUAAAUUUGUGAUAAAGAUUAAAUUACAAUCAUGCAAAAUGUAAACAAAUCAUGAUUCUAUCAAGAUUUUUAAUUAAUAUUAAACUUUUUCUUUCUCCAUUUAAAUGCCUAUUUCAUACAUUAAACUGGUUAUGCCAAUCUUGAAUAUCAUUUCAACUCUGUGGAACAUUUUGAUGACAUGUUUCAUUUGAAAAAUAAGGAGGGAUGCUGAAAAGCAUCAUUUUUUAUCAAAUAGAGUUUGAUAAAAAUAUCUCAAUACUUGUUCACACCCUCAAUAUGUCUGUUUUUACAUAGGUCAUUGUAAUAUUCCACGCAAUUUCGGAUGAAAAUGUUGUUUUAAAUUUAUUCAUAUAUUUUCUCUCUAUCAUUCUAUAUUUCUCUUCUUAUCUCCUUUCACUCCAUUUUCUUUCUUUCUAUCGCUCAUAAUCAAAAUGCUUCUUCCACUAUACCCUUUUGCAAUCUCCUCUUUUCCUUCGCUCUUCUUUUUUAUUACACUUAUAGAGAAGCCACCUUAGUUUUGAUUUCAAGAUUUUUUUCUGCCAAAGGAGAUAUUUUUAGAUUAUAUUUCAUCUUUUAAUUAGAGUACAUGAAUAUUUUUCGCCCCAGUGAUUGCUGACCACCAUUGCAAAGAUCAAGUGUUUGAUUUUUGAUACGUUAUUUAUCUGGUUUUAUUGUUAGUGCACAAGUUUGAAUAUAUGAAGUCAAAUUUUUGAGAUGUACUUUGAGGUCUUAUUGCAAAUGAAAAUUUUUUUUACCAGUAAAUGAACAUUCAUUUAGAAAUUUUGCACAGGACUUCAAUUUUUCUGUCUACUCUCUCUUCCAAAUACAUGUAGUAGUUUUAUUGGUGUGCUUUUGAAAUAAAUUGCAUUUAUGUCUUUCAUACUGCCUUAACGCAAAAUCUGUCAACCAAAGGCAAUGUAACAUACCAGUUCAAUACCAAGGUAUCAAUACCCUUCUCCGCUGGUGUUGGUAUAAAAAUUAGAAAAUAACUUGGUCAGAACUUCAAAUCCAAGUAAGCAUUGAUCUGCAAAAUUGCUGCCAAAGAGAUCACAAUAAUUCUUCCUUGUCAUUUCUCUUUCAAAAGCAACAUUUUUCUUGAUUACUGCAAUAAUCUAUUGUACCCUCAUUAUUUAUCACUUGAUAUUCAAGGAGAAUAUCCAUUUUCAUAUGUAUUCUGCACAAGGUGAUGUUGUGUUUUUUACCUGUCUGUAAAUCUAGCUGCCUCUUU